ACUUGACAUAUGUGAAUGAUUAGAUUGAUUAUUUAUCAUAUCUAGUUCAUAAUGAGCUCUUCAUGGUAUAAGUAAUUUUUCAUGUCAUAUGUGUCAUUUUGAAGAUGGUUGAUGAUUUGAUUUAGAUGAGUAUUUUAAUAACUUGUUUUACUUUACAUGGUUUAUCACAUUCUAAUUUACUUGUCUCAUUGUUUUCAUGAGUUUGAUGGUAGCACUUGAAAGUUAAACUUGAUCUUAAGAAGAAUCCUACACUUGGAAGGAUUUGUAUGUUUUCUUUAUGAUGGAUAAUUUUGAUGAUAUUUGAUUAUGUGCAAAUAUAUGUCAUGCACUUGAAGGCUUGCAUAGUCAUGGCUGAUUUCAAUGAAUAAGAUUUUUUAUAUUUAUUAUCAUAUGAUAUGAUGCAUAUAAAAAAGAGUAAUAGUGUUGAAUCUAUUCAUGUGGUAUUCAAUGAGAUGAACCCCAUUUGCUUUAGAAAGAGUUGUGAAAUUGUGAUGUAGAUGUUAUUGGGUAACAAAGUUAAAAAUGAACAUUGAAGGCAAUAGCAUCACACAACCUCCAUGUGAAGCAAGUGAGAAGAACAAGAUCGAGGAGAUGCAACAAGCACAAAAACAAAGAUCAUAAUUCUAUCCAAGAAAGAGAUCCUAUAAAGGUAAUGUGAUAAAUGAUACAUCUCCAGGGUAAGAAAUAUACAUGUUGUAUAUAAUGAUGGAAUUAACAUUGUUUUUGGUGCUACUAAUGAGUUUUGUUGUAAAGAAUUUUCCAAAGCAAUGUUAAGUAAACUUGAGAUGAUUAAAUGUAUUGGAAUUUCAAAUGAAAUUAUCCCAAAGAUGAGAUCUUCUCCAAUCAAAGGGAACAUACAAAGGAGAUGCAUAAGCAAUGGUCUCUCCAUUAAGGUAUUCAAUUGCUUUAACAAUAAUGGAGGUAAACCUAUUAAUUUCAAACUCUUUAUAAGAUGAUAGAUGUAUAUAUUGCUAUACCUUGAGUGCAUAUAACUUUUGUGCUUUUCAUGUAUCUUUUAUUGAUCUUUAUAACUUAAAUGAUAGAAGGUUAUACAUUCUUGGUAUGAUUUUCAUGAGAUUGCUAUAUAAGUAUGUUCAUGCUUUCAUGAGUUAUUUUAUUAAGGUGAAGCUCUUUUGUUUGCUCUUCAUAUGUUCUUCAAACUUUUUUGUUGGAUUACAAAAAGGAGAGAAAGAAUCUUUUGACCUUCAUAGUUACUUGGAAUAAGAUAUCUUUGUUUACUACAAAGCCUUUUGAUCGUGAUAGAUUUUUAAUAUUUGACCCUUUUUUCUCUCCUCACAUUCAAGAUUUGAUUCUUUCCCAAAUUUUGCCCUCAUUAUCUAUGCACAUUUCUUAGCUUGUUAUCAUGAAUUGUGGAUUUUAAUUGUAUAUGACUGUAUAGUUGCCUAUGAUUUUGAUGAUUAUGAUCUUAAGUGCUUUCAUUGAGGGGGAGCAAUUUGUGGAUAUUAUGCUCAAAUUAACUAUUUUUGAUAUG